UGGGCUAUAGGUGGCAGCAGCAGCAGCAGCAGCAGCAGGAGGAGGAGGAGGUGAUAAAGCUUGGCUCUCCGAGCUGAAAGGGCAGCAGAGGCGGCAGGUUUGCACUGUCAGGUCCUGCAACCUACCACAGUACGGAAUGCAGAUGGCUGUAGCAGCGCUGGUCACCUUGAGCAGAAUCUUUGUGGUUGCUAGCUUCCUUCUUGUGUCCGAAGCCAGGACAUCAGCAGAUGCUAUUAGAAGUAUCCAAAUUUUUGGAUUGAAUGAGACACAAGUGAUGCAAAGUGUGACCUUCUCUCUGCAUGUCACUGGGAGUUUUCCACUGACUUUAUGCUGGCUCAUCAAACCAGACUGUGUCCAACUAGAAGGGAAUGAGUGCCACCUGGUGGUGGUAAAUAGCACCUCCUACAACUUGAACCACACCUUCAAGGAUCCAGGAGAAUACUGUCUUAGUCUCCGAGUCCAGAAUAGCAUCAACCAUCUGCAUCAGUAUCACCUUAUUAAAGUGCAGGCUGCUGGCAUCCACCCAGCAAUCUUUGUUUUGCUCUGUGUCUUACUCAUCUCAGGAAUGUUGAGUUUCAUCAUAUGUGUGACCUACCGGAAUAGCACCCAGCAGAAGGACUUGGUAGAGGUGGCUGAUUUCGACUUCUCCCCUAUGUCUGACAAGAGCCCGACUGGUCCAAAGCCUGAAAGAUGCUGUAUGAGGAUGUGCUUCCUUUGCCCAUCUUCACAUCAUCAGAAGACCAUCAGAGAGUCUCACUGGCUGCUGCAUCCUUUCUAUAAGCCAGUCAAAAGCUAUUCAGUGUGAACAAUAAACCUAGCUGGAACAUUUAAGUUUUAAGCCUGUGCUGACUUCAAGCCUUGGAUAGAGUUCAGAGCAUCUGCUGGUAUAUAUGGUUUAUUUUUGCAGAGCAAUUUGAAAUCAAAAAACUUGAUGUAGUCCAGUAACCUAAAACUAUCCUUUAUUGUCCUAUGCCAUAGGAACCGAAAAUAUGUCUGAUUGCCUUGAAUUUUUGAUAUUCACUUAGAUGGAUGUGCCACAGUUUCAAGAUGCGCUGGACAUUUUGUCCCUGAGACUCUCUAGGUGCAUGUUUACCUAUCUAAUCUAUUUGGAAUUUAUUCACCAGGGACUGACUUAUUACUGACUGUUAAAAAAAAAAAAAGGUAAAGAAUAAGACUAUUUAAAAAACAACGCACUUUCUUCUAAUGUGUUCCCUCUGUGGAAGUUCACUUGUAGAUUCUUGAGGGGCAAAUAUGGACCUAUGGUCAUGGAUACAGGGAAUUCCCAGGAGAGAAAACGCCUUCUACCCAUUCAGGUCAGCACCUUCUCUGUAAUUUACAAUCUCAGAGAACUAUCUUGAGCAAUGAGAAAUUAAGUGAUUUGCUGGGGGUCACUUAGGACAUGAGAUUUGAAACUGGAUGUUCCUGCAUCAAGAGCAGCUCUCUAUUCAUCUUGCCAAGCUGCUUCUCAUGUAAUUGCCUUACAGGGCACAUUAGUGGCAAGUCUGACCCUGGUUUCUAUUAGAAUUAAAUGGAAAGAAGUCAGACUUUACUAUCGCAUAAGAGGCUCAUUCACCUGACUUCUACUUCUCAAUGCUCCCUGCCUUGCAUCAUGUUGCUUCUGAGCUAACCUAUUUCCAGAAAAUUUCCUGCUAUGCCAGGGAUAUCUAUCUGCAUUGUUCAGAAAGAAGUAGUAGCAGCAAACCAGUUUUAGUACCUUCUUUAUUUGAAGCUCUCCCAUCACGGGAGUUGGGGGAGCUAGGGAUGUUGUUGCCUAGAAAAUGUGAAAGCCAAGGUCUAGGUCACAGGUCCUUGGAUAUGGAAAAUCAGAGCCAUUUGUGCUGCUCUCCCAGCUGUGACUUUGGCCAUCUUGAAUUUCAUUCUGAACAAAAUGCCUUUCAAUACUGCAAAAGCCAAGAUCUAGAUGGAAACAACCUCUCCUUCAGAAAAAUCUACACCUUUACCAUUUGCCUCAGUGACUCAGAGCUGUGGAAGAAGGCAUGAAAAAUUCAGACAAAGGGAAGUGAAAAUGGCUUAGGAUAGAGUCCUGAGUCUGGUAAAAUGAAAUGUGUUGGCAGGAGACCCUGUUCUUUUUUCUUUGCAGGUCAGUGACCUGGAAAAGGAAUGUACAGCAGGGUGGUGCAUUCACUGAUUCAAAGCCACAAGGAGAAAGCAAUUAAGUGCUGCUUCUGAUCACGGUACAAGUACAUAAGUCACUGGAGCAGCCAAGCAAGCCAAAUGUUGGGAGAAUGAGAUGAGGGACUGGGAGACAUUACUGGGAGAUAUUGCUGUUGUAAUUGCAUCCUACCAGACGUCGGCAAAGUGGCGUUAAUACUGUCACGCGGUUCAUUAUUAAGAAAUACUGGUACUACUGCCAAAAUAAACUCAUAGAAUCUGAGUAUA